AGCGGCGGCGGCGUCGCGCGGCUCGGGGCGGGAUUUUGGGGGAUUUUGGGGUUUUUUAGGGGAUUUUGGGGAUUUUUGGGGUUUUUGGGGGGCCAUGGCCGCGCCCGCCGGCGCGCAGAGCGCCAGCAAGACCUGGGAGCUGAGCCUGUACGAGCUGCACCGCACCCCGCAGGAGGCCAUCAUGGACGGCACGGAGAUCGCCGUGUCCCCGCGCUCGCUGCACUCGGAGCUGAUGUGCCCCAUCUGCCUGGACAUGCUGAAGAACACCAUGACCACCAAGGAGUGUCUGCACCGCUUCUGCUCCGACUGCAUCGUGACAGCCCUGAGGAGCGGGAACAAGGAGUGUCCCACCUGCAGGAAGAAGCUGGUGUCCAAGCGCUCGCUGCGGCCCGACCCCAACUUCGACGCGCUCAUCUCCAAGAUUUACCCGAGCCGCGACGAGUACGAGGCGCACCAGGACCGCGUGCUGGCCAAGCUCAGCCGCCUGCACAACCAGCAGGCGCUCAGCUCCAGCAUCGAGGAGGGCCUCAAGAUGCAGGCCAUGCACAGAUUUGGGUUUUGGGCUGGUUUUGGGGAUAUUUUUGGGGUGAUUUUGGGGAUAUUUUUGGGGUGGUUUUGGGCAGUUUUUGGGGUGCUGACCCCCGUUUUCCCCCAGCCGCUGAACGGGUCGCUGACGCUGGAGUUGGUGAACGAGAAGUUCUGGAAGCUCAGCAAACCCCUGGAGCUCUUCUACGCCCCCAGCAAGGAGCAGAAAUAGCCAAAAACGCCCCAAAAAUCCUCCCGGG